GACUCCGAGAGGGACACAUAGACACAUCGAUCCCUAACCCUCGAAGAGACGGAAAUGGCUCUGAGGACUGCGAUUCUUCGUCACGUUAGGGUUCCGGUGCAGAACCUAGCACUCGCAGGAGUGAAGCUUCAGCAAAUUGGUCUCCUUGAUUCCGGUCGCCUUUUUUCAUCGCACGAUGAUCAUAUCAGCAAGCAGGAGGUCGUCGAUCGAGUUCUCGAUGUCGUCAAGAGCUACCCUAAAGUCGAUCCCGUUAAGGUGACUCCUGAUGUCCACUUCCAAAAAGAUCUGGGAUUGGACAGUCUGGACACUGUGGAGAUAGUGAUGGCCCUGGAAGAGGAGUUCAAGCUGGAAAUCCCUGACAAAGAAGCUGUCAGGAUCGAUUCUUGUUCUCUCGCCAUUGAAUACAUUUACAAUCACCCGAUGUCUAGCUAAAGCCGUGCCCGAGAUUUCCGGUGUUCGCAUGAGCUUCUCUCUCAGAUCUGAGGUUUGCAAAUAAAUCCAUAUCCGUUUGUUUGGGGAACCUUUGUUGACUCAACCCCUUGAGAUUUCUGAUUGCAUGUAAUGUAGGGCACUUCUUUCGUCUUUCUAAGCAAAACCCUUUCUCAGAAACCAGAGAUACAACAUUGUUUCAGGGGAAAUGCAGAUGAAUGACUCUUUGUUCCCAUUUCCUUUCA